AUGGCUGACCUGACGCUCGAACCCCGCGGCGCGUGUGCGUCGCGUUACCUGAUGGCCGAUCUCGAGGACUUGGAUUCCUCUGAGGGCAACAGUUUAGUUCCCUACUCGCGGUUGGGCAAAUCGGGCGCAGACACGAAUCUCUAUUCGAUGACUCCCGACAUUUCGAGCCGCUGUGCGGCGUCGCGGGGACUGCUGCGCGACGACUCGAGACCGUCCGGUGGGUUCGACGAUCUGCUUGGGUGUCCGCGGUCCAUGUCCCCCGACAAGGAUCUUGGUGGCCUCGGGCGUCGCCCAGCGUCGCGCCUGUCCCCCGCCGAGUUGAAAGCGCAAGUGCGACUGCGGAACAUGUGCGGGAAGCCGCUGCGCCCAGACGACGUGCUGGUGACGCGCAUCUUGUCGGGGGAGAAGAGCUACUGGGAAGCGCUGGACGAGAUGCGGAAUCUGUGUGCGAGCCUCACUGUGGAGAACGAGAAACUCAAGACUGGGAACGCGAAGGCGACGACCAGGGCGUUGGAACUCGAACAGAAGAGCCGCGCGGAGAUCCGGCGACUGCAGACGCUGCAGCGCGUGACGCGGGACGAACUGGAAAUGAAGCUCCAGGAUUUGACGGCAGAAAACGUCCGGCUCCGGCAAUCUCGAGACGUCCAGAGAGCGCUUCAGGAGCAGAAAGUUCAGAUGCAGAAGCAGAUCGAGCGGUUCAGGCAGGACAGUGAAGAGAAGGGGCGGCUGGCGGCGCAGCGCGCACGCGAGCUUCAGCUGUUGAAAGAGGAGACGCAGCGAACCACGGAGACGGCGGAGGCGUUGAAGGGACGGGUCGAGAGCCUCCAGGCGAAGUUAGCUGAAGCAGUCUCUCAAAAGAAUCUCUUGUUGAUUCGCGUGAAGAAAGACAUUCGCGAUAUCCAGGACUCGGCGCAGCAGGCGCGAGAGGCCGUGCUGGCCGAGAAGGCGCGAAGCGAACAACAAGCUGCCGAGGUGGAGAAACACGCGCAGAUGCAAAUACAGCUGCACGAGCGGAAGAUCCGCGACCUCCAGCAAACGGUGGCCUCGGAGGAAAGCCAGGGAGAGUAUUACCGGCGAAAGUACGAGGAGGCGUCCAAGCAGUUGGCCAAGCUGAAGACGCAGUUCGACAGCACGCAACACAAGACAGAGACAGACAUCGCCUUGAGAGAGCGAAAGGUCCAGGAACUGAGUGAAAGCUUGAAUGCGGCGCAGAAGGCCAGAGACCGCAGCGUGCAGGAACUCAAUGCCAUGCGCUCCAAGUACAACAUUCUGCGGGGCGAACUCGAGAAGGCGGAGCAGAGGCGAAACCACGCGGAACAGGAGGCUAUUCGAGCCGGGGCUCAAGUGGAAACGAUGGAUGUGGGCCGGAGCACACUGGAGACGAAAGUGAGCGAACUUCAGCUGGAGCGAUCCGGCCUCCUGGAGAAGCUGCAGCUUGCAGAGCAGGAGGUGUCCGACCUGCGAGAAGCGAAGAACAAAAUCAAAGCUUCUCUGGACCUCGCGUACCAGAAGGAGCAAUUCCGGCUCAUGGAGGAGAACAGCCGCCUAGGGACCGACUUAAAGGUCGCCCAGCAACAACUCGAAGCCGUCACGCGACAAAAGGAACAGCUGCAGACUGACGCGGAGCGGCUGCGGGGGGCUGAGGAAGAACUACGGGAGUUGCAGGUGGAUUUCCUCAAGAUGAAAACGACCUUGCAACUGGUGCAGGGUCGACCCUGCGAGAAUGCCAAAGUUGUCGCGGACGGAGUCGUUAGCUCCCUUCGCGCGUACUUGGAACUCAAAAAAGCAACUGAAACGCAGGAGCAGUCGCUGGCGUCGCUGUCUCAGCAGAACCAGGCGCUGAGUCAGAAGGCGAGCGAGGUGGCGGCUCUCACCCGCGAAAUGCUCGCGCUGGAGUCUGAGAAUCGGUCGCUGAACGAUCACAUUGCGGCCUUGACAGGGGAACUAAGGACGAUGGGAGACCAGCAGACGGCGUUGCAGCUGGAGAAGGAGGCGCAAGAAGGAGCCCACCGUCAGCAGAUCGACCGUCUGCAGAAAGAGCUCGAAGCUCGGCGCCGCGAAAUGGAUCACCAGCUGGAACAGGUGAAGGAGAGAACUCGGCAGGAGACGACGAAGCUGACGACCGAGUUAGAUCGCGUCAAGAAGCUGCUCGAGGCCGAGAAGAAGCGCACGAGCGAGUUGCAGUCUCAGAUGGAAGACGCCACGGCGGAGGCUAGCCGACGCGUUGCAGACUCGGAGAAGAGGUACCAGGAGCAACUCCGAGAGCGAAACGCGCAGAUUGAGGCGAUGGGCGUGGAGCGAGACGCGCUUGCAGCGGAGACGAAGGAAGAGCUCCAGGCUCUGAAGAAGACGCAAGCAGAGGCCUUGAAGGCGGCCCGAGCAGAGAGAGACCGAGCGCUCGCCGAGAGGGAAAGCCACUAUCAGCAGCAACUUGAAGACAUGCGCGGGCGUCACGAGCAACAGCUGGCGUCGCAGAAUCACCAAAAACAAGAACUGCAGCAGCGCCUGCAGCAAGUGGAACUGUCCCUCCAAGAGACCGAGGCGGCUCUGCGUCGCGAGUUGGAUGCGAAGGCCGCCGAUGCGCGAUCUCUCCAGGGCCAGAAGGAGAAGCUGGAGCGAGAGCUCGCGGCGGCGAAGGAGCGUUUGGAGGACGAGUUGCGGAGUGCGGAGAGGAAUGUGGAGCGACUCAAGCGUGAGCGGCAACAAGACGUCGAACGGCUCCAAAAAGAACUGGAAGAAGCGACGCGGACCGCCGCAGAGGCGGACGCCGCGGCCGCAGAGAAACUGAUAACCCUCGAAGCCGAUGCGAAGACCACCCGAGACCAGUUGAAGAAGGCGACUGCGAGCAGCGAAGAGAAGGACGCGCUCUUGGAAACCGCCAAGGCCAAGUACGCAGAUCUGGCGAACAAACACAACGAUUUGGUGCAAAAGUUCAACGACUUGGUGGACGAAAGCAAGAAGCUGAAGAAGGACUUGAACGUCACAGCAGACGACAAAGAGGCGAAGGAAAAACAAAUCAAGAAGUUGACGGACGCCCAGGCUCGCGACCAAGAGGAAAUCGCGGCGAUCCGACUCAAGGAGCGAGAAGCUGUUGCCACGGGAGACCGGCUCACCGCAGACAUUGAGAAACUGAAGGCGGAGCAUCGCGCGGCAGAGCUGAAACUCAAGAAAGACAUCGAUGCCAUCACCACUGAUAAAGAGGCCGUCGAAGCGAAGCUGGCCCAGGCGCAGAGGAUGCACAGCGAGGAAGCCGAGGCGCUCAAACAUCGCAUUGGCCAGCUGACGAAGGAGAAGGCGGACCUUGAAAAAGCCCAGCAGCGCUUGGAAGAGGAGAAGGCUGCUCUUGAACAGGAACAGAGAAAAGCGGCCAGUGAGGCGAAGACGGCCCAAGAGAUCCUCCAGAAAAAUAUUGCUGAUCUUCAAAAACGAAACCAAGACCUGGAGAGCGGGCUGAAAACAGCAAAGGCUGCUGGAGCAGCAGCUGCGAGGAGCCCCGCCCCAGCUGGAGCUGCUCAGGCAGGACAAGCCGCCCCGCCACAGGCGCCACCGCCAGCGGAAGAAGGCGGCCUCUUCUCGUGGUUCGGCGGAGGCGCACCGGCAGAGGAGCCGCCGGAAUCGCCCGACAGCAGCGCAGUUGGUGCAACCGCGGCCGAGGGAGCGGCGCCAGAGGGCGACGCUGCUGAGAGCUCCAGCUGGGGCUGGUGGUAG